GACAGCCGCAGCCCGGGGAGCGGGACACGGACCGGUCACUACAGGCAAAGCACCGGCUCUGGUUCACAGCCCGAGCGGCUGGAGGAAAGGCCUGCGGCCUUGUCUUCUGGGCGACGGGUUUCCGAGCCCUUCUGGGAAGUUGUCGGAAAUGUCUAUGGUCCUGUUUGCUUCUGUUGUGCGUGUCAGAGAUGGCCUCCCGCUUUCUGCUUCCACAGAUUUUGAACACAAUAAAGGAGUACAGGAAGUCAAGAAGCACCUUAAAGUGCUGUCAAAAAAACUAAACCAUCUGCCUGACCGAUGCACCCUGAAAAGUGUACAGUACAAUAUACAUUUUAUAAGCUCAUUGGGACUGGGGUAUAUGAUGAUCUGCUCUGAGAAUUAUCCAAAUGUCCUCGCUUUCUGUUUCUUGGAUGAACUGCAACGAGAAUUUAUAACGUUAUAUGACACGAUGAGGAUAAAUAUUGCUGUCAGGCCAUACUCUUUCAUAGAAUUUGAUAAUUUUAUCCAGAAGACCAAGCAGAGAUACAAUAACCCUCGGUCUCUAUCAACAAAGAUAAAUCUUGCUGACAUGCAGACGGAGAUCAAGUUGAGGCCAUCUCAUCAGCUAACUAUGCUAGAUGUUGGAACAGUGAAUGGUAAUGUGCAUGCACAUUCCACCCCUUCCAAGGGAAUAGCUCCAAAUCAAAGGCUGGAACCAGUAACGCUACCAGGAAUCAUAUCUUGUUUACUAUGUUUCCUGUGCGCAGCUUUAAAUCUAAUCCGUGCAUUUCAUGCAAUGGAAAAUGUGUUUCAGGAUGAUGAGGAGGAAUUCAACAACAUUGCUGUCUUUUUCAUCGGUACUGCUGCAUGUUUGUAUCAGUGUUACCUGCUAGCAUGUUACAGCGGACGUAGGAACUUGAAAUCUUUUCUGAUGUUCGGCUUGGUCUGCCUAUGCAAUCUGUACCUGCAUGAACUCCGCAAUACCUGGCAAAUUCUCUUUCAUGUCACAGUUGCUGCAUUUGCUACUCUGCAGACACGGUUGAGGCAGCCACAGGGAAAGGCACCAGACUACAACGUGUGACAAUCUGUGACUGUGGAAAGCAGCUGUUUCGAGAGAUUUGUAAUUCUGCAGGAAGCACAUGAUGGUGUGGAACAAAUAAUUAGCUUCUUUUUGCAAAACAAAAGGACGAGAAAUGAGCCAAAUGGGGGAAAAUUGUGUUAGAGUUCUUCAAAGCAUUGUGACCAAAUGCUGCCAUUCUGAAACUGAGCGCUACAAAUCAAAAUUGAGGAUGCAUUUGUGCUGCCAGCCCAUUCAUGUCCCACUGCUGCAAUACAUGUAUAAAACGUCACCUGUUCCAGCAUGAAGCUAGGAAACCGUGGAUAUUAUGUUAAUUCAGUCCAAACAAAGAACUACUGUGAGCCUUGCCCUUUUUAUACUGAAAUUUAUUUUGAUUCUAUUUUUCUCUACAGAAGACAGUUAUCAGGGGUAUGGCUCUGUUGGCCCUGGCACCUUUGUUACCUUAACCUUAAUCACCCUUAAUUAAGCAGCCAUUUUGUUUGUGUGAGAGAGCGCGCGAGAAGGUCCUGCAAGUAUUGCAUUAGGUGUGGCCUGGGCCAGAGAUGCUAACACAUACCGAGAAACUGCAGCACCAUCUGAGAGUGCUGAGUCUCUGGUGAGGUAUCUUUUCCCUUGGGUGCUCAUAAUAGGUCCCCAAGCUUACCUUAGCAUUUCCCAGCUACUAUUAAUUCUUCAACCACUACCACUUCCAGUGAACUAUCAAGUCCAUUCCUCUUUUUUUUUAAACUUGCUUUCUUUAGUUCUGACCCUUCCUGAAUGUUCCUGUAUCCACAGUCAUGUGGACCCACAGUCCGACCUCCUUGCCUGUGCCAGUAUAGGAGGCUGAAGACAAGUGCUUAUUGCACCUUAUAGUUUUUAAUUUGCAUUGACACGCACUAGUGAAGAAUCUAGCCUUUGUUUCAGGACUUGCCUUUUUGAGUUCAAGGUUUUAAAUUUGUGAGCAAUCGGCUGAAAUGAACCUGCUGUGUCCCAGCGCACAGCACAGUCCCUUCCCACUCCAGCACAUUGUGCCUCUGUUACCUGUCGGGUUCUAGAUAAAUUUCCAAUCAGAUUUUCAUAGAAGUGGGAAAGACGUGGGCUGAUUUGGGAAAGGUAUCAUAUGUGCUAAUGUCUAUAUACAGUGCGUGAACAUGUUCCAAACUUUUGUAGAAAAUUGGUAAGAAAUAAAAUAUGUAAGAUAUAUAU